AUGGAUAUGUGCCCAAUAGAUGAUUUCGAUAAAGUUUGUCGUAUUUGUAUGAAAUUCGAUAAAACAUUUCUAUCAAUUACUUCAUUUCAAAUAAUUGAUAUGAUAAUAACGUGUGCUUCUGUACAGAUUUGGGAAAAUGAUAGUCUACCAAAUCAAAUAUGCCACGCUUGUUUUCUACAAUUGCAAAAUACCAUUAAUUUCAAACAAUUAUGUGAAAAUUCCGACAAUACUUUUCGCCAAAUUAUUCAGCAGAAUAAAAUUACUUUGUCGAAUAACGUAAAAGAUGAAGAAUUUGAAGAUUUCGUUAAUGAUGAUUCUAUAAUAAACAUCAAAGAAGAAGAUAUUCAUGAAAGUAACACAAAUGAAAAUACCUUGGAAAAUUUAAAAAUAAAAAUUGAUAAUGAAGAAAAUUUAAUAGCUACCCCGGAAUUAAAUAGAUUACAAAUACGGGCUAAACCAGAAGAGGAAAAUGAUACCUAUGAAGAGAUUAAAGAUAAAAAUAUGACUGAAACUUUUACCUGUGAGGAGUGUAAUCACGACUUUAAAAAAGUUUGGAAACUGGGUCAACAUAUGUAUCGUGAACACAAAGCGAAAGCAUUAAAAUGUAAUAAAUGUGAAAUAAAAUGUUAUCAUCCCUUACAUUUAAAAGAGCACCAGGAAUUGAUGCAUAAUCCGUUGAAUCAUAGAUGCGAUAUAUGCAAUAAAGUACUUGCAAAUAUUUAUAAAUUAAGACUUCAUAAACUUCGACAUGACAAAUCAUCCAAAGAUAAGCAGGAACUAAAAAGCCCCAAUAAGGACGUAAAUUCACAGAAAGAAAUGUACGUACCAUGUCAUAUUUGUGGCAAAUCAGUAACGAAAAAAAAUCUAAAAAAACAUUUACGAAUUCAUGAAGAACGUAAUAAAAUUACGUGCGACUUAUGCUCGAAAACAUUCCUGCGGCAACAAUCGUUAAAAGAUCAUGUUAAGCUUGUACACGAGAAUCAAAAACCUGCACGUAAUCAUUUAUGUAAUAUUUGUGGAUAUGCGGGACGUACACUUGCUAAAUUACGUACACAUUUAAUAACACAUUCCACCGAACGACCGUUUCCGUGUGACCGUUGUGAUAAAACGUAUCGAUCUGCAGAAAGUUUGAGACAUCAUGUAUCACAUGUACAUUUGAAUCAUCGCAAGUUUCAGUGUACAUUUUGUCCACAAGCUUUUCAUGUAAGGAAAGUUUUAAUGAAUCAUGUGCGACGUCAUACAGGUGAAAAACCACAUAAAUGCCAAGUGUGUGGUAAAGCGUUUAUACAAAAAAUUGCAUUGACAAUCCAUACGAAAACUCAUACAAACUCAAGUGAGAAUCUUUCACAAAACUAAAUAAUUUCUAAUACGGCAGUUGGAAACUACGAAGAUAGCCGAAGUAUAACGAAGCCAUCCGAAUUGUGUUUUUUUCUUAGCCGACACUAAAGUGAUAAGAAAAACUCUCAUAGCUGUUAAUAAAUAUUUUAAUAAAUAAAUAAAUA